AUGAGGUGUAUUAUCGACUGCCAAAUAUUACGAAGAGACUCGGUUUCAACUCGCAAUGCCCUUGAACUGGGCCGCAGCCUCGCCGCCCACGUUUGGGACAAUAAUGCAAGCCAACUAAGACAAUUGGAUGGAUUAGGUGAAGUGUCUGUCCGCAAACUUGCUUCGAGGUCAAUCAACAGUAUUGACGCCCUAUUGAAUACUGAGCCAUCUCGAAUUGAAACGAUCCUCGGGAAGAAUCCACCAUUUGGACUUCAACUUCUCAAGCAGCUUGAAAGUUUUCCCAACUUGAGAGUUUCAAUCAAAGAGACAGGACGAGAGCUCAAACGCGGAAAGGCUAUUAUCAGAUGCGCUGUUGAAAUUGGCUUCUUGAAUGAGAAGAUUCCCCACUUUCAUAAGAAAAGGCCUGUCUUCGUGUGCUGUCUGACGGAGACGGCCGACGAUCAACUUGUCGACUUUCGCAAAUUCAAGGCAGAGAGAUUGCAAGAGCAGGAGCGAAUUCCAUUGACGGUUGAAUUAAUCAAGCCGACAACGCAUAUCAAGUGUUUUGUGAUGUGUGACGAAGUCGCAGGGACGAGCAAAUCUGCCGAGUUGACUAUCUCGAAAAUUCCACUAUGGGUCUUUCGUCACAAAGGAGACAUUGUGCCCGGGAUAGCAGGACGGGAUAGUGGGCCGCCUUCAAGGAAUCAGCGGAUUGCUGGAUGGUCUGACGACUUCGACAACGGAGGCGUGGAUGAUAAUGACUUGCUUGCGCUUGAAGGAAUGCAGGGAUCAGGUGAGGUGGUUGAAGACAUCGACGAGAUUCUUGACCGACAGUUGUUGCCCAAGAACAACAGUAUCCUGCCAGAGCUGUCUAUUCCUGAUCAUGACACUGGUUCUGCAGCGCCCCGAAAGCCACAGCUCCUUCAAAAUGGCUGUUGGACGUGUCAGCAUGAUUGUCUGGGAAAAGGUAGAAGAUGCAAACACAAAUGCUGUAGUGAAGGAGUGGCCAAACCUAAGCAACGUCCAAGGCCAGAAACGGACUCUAACGGCAGACAUCAGGAAAGAUCCCAGAGCAAGCCAUCUCAGCCGUCUGUCGCGAAUGCUGGAGGGAAACCACCACAGCCGGUCGACAGGCCAACGAAGCAGCACUUUCCUGCCUUCAAACCUCACAAACGGCCAGGAGGCGGAGGUUGUGACGAGUCCACCGGGAACCAGUCGAGCCCAAAAAGGUUCAAACUUACUAAAGGGAGUACUCAAAACUUGGGCAGUCUCCGACGUCGUUCACCAACGGUGUUGUCUGACCACGAUGGCCAGCGUGGCUUGGGACAUAACAAUCAUGAUGGCCAAUGUCCAGAAGAUCUCGAAUGUGAGGAAGAAUGCCAACACACAGAAUCUGUCGGAUGCCAUUGUCCAAAUCGGUGCAGCUCCAGCACCGAGGUGGAGGGUACCAGUGGCUAUAACAGCACCAUACCCACCGCUCCUGAUGCGGUCGAUCAAGACGCAGGGGUCGAUAAAAUUCCCGUCCAGGUCAUAGGCGAGCCUGAGAUAGCAAGCCUUGAUCGCUGGACAGGAAAGAAUGCUGCUUGUAUGGCCUCUUUCUCUCCAGAACCGAAGAAUUUUGGCAAUAUAGCCCCGGUCAUUUUCAAGGGUGCAGAGUCCGGUAUUGGCAAAGAAUUGGGGGUAGAUGCUUUCAAGGCUAUAGGGAUGACCUCUGAGCAGGAUGGAGGAGGUUCGACAAACGUCGAAGUCAAUCAGGAGGAGGUCUCGGAAGUCAGAGCAACGUCAUAUGAAGAAAAUCAGAGAUUGAAAUGGAAGGGGAUUGAUAAGUGGUUAUAUGAUGAGGUGAGUGCAUACGUGGAACUGAUCUGA